CCUGCUGGAAACAGCAGAGACGUUAGAGAGUAAACACGAGCCUCAAGAUGGCUGACUCGCUGGGCUCCGCUCACCUCACCGGAGCCGCGGCUACUGCGGGGCUCGCCUCCGCCAAGAGCCCGCUCGUCAAGGCGGCUCCUGACCACCGCGCUCAGUCUGCCCGGGAUUUCAACCCGCCACCGCCGCCGCCGCCGCCCAAGAAGCCCCGAGUCGAGGAGCGCAGCGUCAAGCCCAAGAAAGUCAGCAGGGACGCGGGAGUGGGAGGCAACGGUGGCGGCAGAGAGAAACUCCAGCAGCCCGGCAAGCAGCGGCAGAGUUCCGGCAGCAGCCCGGGGGAGUGGAGCGGCGGCGGCGGCAACAACCCUCCAGCACCUUCCACCGGCGGAUCCCAAACACCCACAAACACGCACAAAGUGUUCAAACAGAGCGACUUCUUCCUCCAUAAAGCGACGUCCUCCUCCUGCAGAGCCAAGAAGAGCAGCAGAGAGAAACAGCGGGAGAGGACGGAGACGGUUCUGAGAGGAGGCGCGGAGCAGCAGGAGGAGGAGGAGGAGGAGAAACACAAAGUGAUGGUGACCUCCGGACCCGCGACGAACGACAGCGACAACAACAACAACGACACCAGCAAACUGAGCCCCCUUUCUGCGGUGAAGAGGGAGAACGGAGAGGUCACGCUGCCGCCCAAAGAGCACUCCACCAAGGACAAGGACCGAGAGGAGAGGGAGAAGAAGAAGGUCAAAGACAGAGAGAGGGAAAAGGAGAAGAAGAAGCACAAAGUGAUGAAUGAGAUCAAGAGGGAGAACGGAGAAGUCAAGCAGCCGAUUAAAGAUGAAAACGAAAAAGCCCAGGUCAACUCGGAGGAGCUGCAAAUCAAAAAAGUCAAGAAGAAAAAGAAGAAGAAACACAAAGAGGGGGAGAAGCACAAACGAGUGAAGAUGUACCACCGCUCCUGCCAAACCAUUUGUGCCGGCCUGCUUCUCCCCACCUCUUCUUCCUUAUCCUCCGAUCACACGCACAAAUCCUCCCUGUCUCCGUUCAAGACGCCGCUGCCGGUUUACCCCUCGCCGAACAACAAAACCUCACACAUGCCCUCCUCUCCUCCUACUGCUUCUCUCGCAGCAAAAUUCCUCAUAAGCGCCUCUCUUCAAAACACGCCCAGCGAUCCUUCGUCCUCCAUCAAGGCACCGCUCCCUCGGCCGACCAAACAGCAGCCGCAGGGCUCCUACCCCGGUAUGGCAGGUCUGGAGUUUGCUCCGUACAUCCACAUAGAGAACCAGCCAAACGGAGGGGCACUUGUGGCUCAUGCCUACACCUCACAACUCUCCGCUCUGUCGAUGGGACAGAAGCAGAGAUUUGCCCAAGAGUUUGUCACCCUGGCGUUCAGCGAGGACUCGUCGCAGGCAGCUCAUUAUGUCAUGGGAAUCGUCCACGGAGAAGCCAGCUACCUGCCUGAUUUCUUGGAUUACUUCUCCACCAAAUUCCCAGCAGCUCCAGUCAAAAUGGAAAUACUGGCAAAGAAGGACAUAGAAACUACAACUAUGGCUAAUUUCUACUCUCAGGUGAAGAAGACGUACAGUCACGGUACCUACAGGGCCGGGGCCAUGAGGCAGAUCAGCCUGGUGGGAGCCGUGGACGAGGAGGUCGGGAAUUAUUUCCCAGAAUUCCUCAGCAUGCUGGACGAGUCGCCCUUCCUGAAGAGGACCCUUCCAUGGGGGACGUUCUCCAGUCUGCGGCUGAUGAGUCCCAAAGAGAGUGACGACGGUCCCAUAAUGUGGGUCAGACCGGGCGAACAGAUGAUACCUUUGGCUGAUAUACCAAAGUCCCCGUUUAAAAGAAGGCGCUCCACCAACGAGGUGAAGAAUCUGCUGCAAUCACUGCCCAGGACCAGCGAGCCCAGAGAGAUGUUGUUUGAAGACCGGACUCGGGCCCACGCCGAUCACAUCGGUCAGGGCUUCGAACGUCAGACCACAGCGGCCGUUGGCGUGCUGAAGGCUGUGUGCGCCGGAGAGGGCUCGGAGCCUCCUCGUGUUACCAAAGACGUUGUGUGUUUCCAUGCUGGUGAUUUCCCUCACGCAGUUCAGAGGCUGCAGUUGGACCUACAUGAACCCCCGCUGUCUCAGUGUGUGCAGUGGGUAGAUGAUGCCAAACUAAACCAGCUGCGUCGCGAGGGCAUCCGCUACGCCCGCAUCCGCCUGAGCCACGAUGACAUCUACUUCAUCCCCCGCAACGUGAUCCACCAGUUCAAGACCGUAUCUGCCGUCUGCAGCCUGGCGUGGCACGUCCGCUUAAGGCAGUACCAUCACGGAGAGGAAGAAGAAGAGGACGAGGACGAGGACGAGGAGGAGGUGGAGGACGAGGAAGAGGAGGAGCAAGUUGAGUUGAAGAAGGCAGGGACAGAAAUGGUGGAGCUGGGGCAAAAACAGGAGGUGAGGAGAGAAAAGAAGGCAGAGAAAGUAAAGGAGAGGAUAAAAGAGGAGACAGAGGAGCAAGUGGAUGUGGCAGAAAACAGGACGUUGCCAGUUGUCAAAAAGGAGGAGCAGCAUCUUCCUCAUCCUCAUCCUCAUCCUCAUCCUCCACCUGUGUUGCCUCAGCCCGCUCGCCCAGUGGACUCAAAAGUGGGCGGUGCUAGAGUUAAAGAGGAGGAGACAGAGAGGGUGAAAGAAAGAGGAAAACACAAACAGCAGGAUUCACCUCCUGUGAAGGUGAAGCCUGAACCUCCAGCUCCUCCUCUCUGCAAAAAUAAAUCACCAUCGCCUCUUCCUCUUUCACCUCCCGCCUCUCUUCAUCCUCCAAAACCCAAAGCAUCAUUGAAGCCCCACCAUCAUCAUCAUCAUCACCACAACCACCAUUAUCACCAUCACUCAGACAGCAGAAUGACGUCUUCCAGUGCAGCGCCCUCUUCCAUGUCUUCUUCUCCAUCUUUGUCUAAGUUUUCCUCCUCUCCUGCGCCACCAGCAGGAUCCGUUGAUCCACUGCGCUCCUCUUCCUCUUCUAGUUCUACUUCGGUCCCUGUUCUGUCCUCCUCUGCAUCCACAUCUUCGCUGACGAGUCCCAAGCCGACAGUGGAGUCUCGCCUUUCCUCGCUCCUUCCUUCCACUUUGUCUUCCCAGCCGCCUCCCUCCUCUCAGUCAGGACAACCAACGAAGAGAGACUCGCAUCAUCCGAAGCCAGACGUUCAUUCAAACACACGGACACAAACGCAGUCGGAGGUCCGAGCACUCGCUGCGAAUGUACAGACACACACGCCCCAAUUCGACACAAGGACACACACCACAGCCGAUGCACGAGAUCAGACACCGGCGCACACACGGACUCAAACGCUCCCAGAGAAAUGGACUCAUAGUUUGGACUCUGACUCGAGGAUGUCGUUGGAUCUGCAGGGUCGUGCGUCACAUGACACGGGGAGGCAAGGACUUUACAUGCAGCAAUACGCAGCCCAGCAUCUCCCUGCUCCUCACCUCCCUCAAAUUCUCCCGCCCUCCUUCACCCAUCUCCUUCCACACUCCCACCAUCCUCACAGGCCGCCGAUCCUCCCGCCAAACCCGCUCUCCAACCCCUCCCUCCCGAUGCAGCCGCAAGCUCUCAACUCGUUCCUGAGUCAGAAGCCGACGCCGCAUUCGCUUCACAUGAGCCAGCUUCACCUGCAUCCGCCGCACCAGCCGAACAUCACCACCCAGUCUCAGCCGUACUACCAUCAGCCCCUGAUGGCUCCGCCGUCGCAGCCGAACACGCCCCUCACCAGUGCCCAGUCUCUCCCUCCUCACCUCACUCACCAUCACCAGUUCGCCAAAUCCUUCUUCCCACCUCCCCAGCACCCGCACUUCGCCCCUCACCCCUUCCUCCCCAUCACUCUUUCCCGCCGAGCUCUUACCCGCUACAGCCGCAGUACCAGACCUCAGCACCAGGGCCGGUUCCGCUCUCAAUGUCCUUCUCCCAUCAGCCCCUCCUCCCCCUCCUCCCCUCCUCGCAGUCUCUGCCUCCCCUCUUCCCUCCUCUUCCACCUCCUCUCCCCCCUCAGCCCUCCCCCUCGGUCCUCUCCCCUCCUCCAAAGCAUGAAGAGGAGUGGAGACAGAUUUUGUAGUCGUUUUUUGUACAUAAUGACGCUGUUUUUAAAUGACUGUACAUGUUUAAGGUUUUAUUUUGGUUGUGUUGUUGUAAAACUGUGUAAAAAAGGAAGUGGGACGGUGGAGUGUAUCAGUACAGACGCAGUAUCAUGGUUUAUAAAGCAGAGUUGGAUUUAUUUACCCCACGCCUCUUGACCGGCUUAGGCUGGUUGUGAUUUGGUUCAUGAAUAUCGAGCAGCACCGGUGGUUUUGGCCUUUAGUGAAGUCUGGACCAAAAUCGGAUGUUGAAGAAGAGUUUUUCCAGGUUCACGUCUACCAAACUGCUGUCUGGUUCUGUUUUAUCAAUACCAGAAUAUCUUUGACGCCUCAGAGGUUGAAAGAAAAUAGGUAAAUUUUGUCGGAUAUUUAUAUAAAAAGGUCACAGAGAUGACCUUUUUGUGAAACUUGCAGCUAAUGCUUCCGUUUUGUGUAUUUUAUUUCAUUGUGCCCAAGACUGUUUCUGGAAUAAUGAUGAGUCAAACUGAUAUUAUACGAUACGCAGACGUAUUCGUGUGAUAUCACUACAUUUAUUCUCCUAUAUUGUAUCGAUGCAUCUUAAUCAAUACAGUAUGUUGCAGUACUUUUCCCUGAUACUGUACUUUGAGCAAUAAUGCUCUGCAAUAAUCUGCUGAAUUUAAAAUUGAAAUCCCCAGUUAUUAUCAGUAUUUUUAUCUGAAUCAUGUUCAUUGAGCCGACCUCCAUGAGGAGAGAAUCAAUGUUAUAAAAGUAUUUAGAAUUAUGUUUUCUAAUCACCUGCAGUAUGUUAUUGCCCAAGAAGAUGGUUAGUGCAGUUUAACUGCACUAAAACAAAAGGAAAGGCCCUAUUUAAAAUAAAAGUCAGUAUAGUAAACUACAGUAUAUUACGAUGGAGUAUUAGGGCUAAAUUGAAGGGAAAAUGUAUCUGAUAUUUUGAGACUUAAGCUGUAACAACAAAAAAGUCAGUUUAUAAGAAUUGAGUCUUUAUUUAAUGAAAAAAGUCAUAAUAUUACAGCUUUAUUUUCAUAGUCUUCCGACUUUAUUCUUGUAAUGUUACAACUUUAUUUUCAUAAAUUUAAGACUUCUCAUAAUACUUACGACUUUAUUCUCGAAAUCUCUGAUUUUAUUUUCCCUUAACGAUGCCCUAAUACUUCAUCUUAUCAUACAUCCAGUAGUUAAUUCCACAAAAGAAAAAGCCACAUUUAUGGUACUGAGAUUAUCUUAUUGUCAACACCAGUGGCGGAGCUCCAGUUCUGCUGUGAUUCUCAGCAUCUCCUAAUUCUGGAAACUGAGCGCUCGCUGGUCGGCCAGGGAAGAAUUGGAUCCAGCCGGAGCUGUUACACAGCCGGGCCUUCAAAGUCUCAAGAAAAACAAUUCAGGACACAUCCGCGAAUACUCUGUUCUCCUGAGGAAAAAUAACACCCCAAAUAUGAGUCACUUAAUACCUGAUCCAUUGAUUUUUAUUGGACACUAUAAAGUUUUAAUCGAUCAGGGCCAUUGAAAUCUCAAUAAAUCUCCAACAUUAUAUCAGACAUGCAGCUACAUGGAGAGCUUGCCCCAGAUUUAGUAUGUUAAGACUUAUCCCAGCACUUUGUAACCUGUUUAAAUACAGUUGAUAUUAUUAUAAAACAGAUUAUCAACAGGGCAAUUUCAGGCUCUUCCAACUUCAUAAUUUUAAUAAAAAAUGUAGUUUUUCUUAAACCUUUAUGGAGACAUGCUCCGAGACACUUUGAAAACAGAUGGUACACUGUGGAGACUUCACUUUAACGCACUAUUUAUAUAUUAACCUGAAGUCCGGUUUCUGUGCCGCGUGGAGCAUCCUGUCUGUAAAAACAUAUUUUAUUUAUCAACCAGGGACUGAAGUGACCUCCUGUGUUUUUAAAAGUACAAUAAAUUAUUGAAAUUCUGUUUCAGCCGCAGCUAUGAAGAGUAUAUGUUUCUCCAAGUAUCUGAUUUUCUUUUUUUUUUAAUCAAAUUGUUCCGUCUCAGUGAGCGGAUAUGGAUUUUUCUUGUUUUGUUGUGUUAUUGAUGUCUUGAUUUGAUCAAUAUUGGAGUACAGCCCACUUGCUAAUGUAGCCCACAGCAUUUCCCCAGUGCCUGUCCUUAACUGUGAACUACUAAAUGGUCCAGAGUCGCGGAGAGGAGGAGUUCUGUCCUUUCACAAGUUUUUUUUACGAGUCAAAGUUUCCCAUUUUCACUGGAAAAUGAGAAUCAAGCCUUAAAUUGGUGUCAAAAGCCACUGAACACUCACCAGAUACCUGUGGUCUAAACUGGGUCGUCUCAGUGGAACGAAGUCCAGAGAGCAGGGUUGUGUAUUUCAUGGUUAAACUCACCGCAGCCCACGGAGCUCCAGCUCUCUGGGUCAGUUUCCCUCUGAGAACGUCCGUUCAGAGACAGAACUCCUCGCCGUGCGGUUCCUUGGUGGAACGAGGUGAUAACUAAGCACUUGAUGCCAGUUGCGAGGCCCUGCAGCUCUUUUUAUGCUCUUAGGUUUCAGAUGUUACAAAAAAGAAAACAUGACAGGAACAUAUAUUUUUUUGUACAAUUGUGACAAAAAUUAAGGUUGAAAAAAUAAAGUCUCCAGGGGCUCGUGUUGUUUUCACAGAAUUUAUUUAUCUCAAAGUUUUUGGUUUGUUUUGUUUUCUAUUUUGUUUCUGUGAUUUUCCACUGUCAGCACUGUAGUGUACAUAAGAGGUUUUUGUAAAGAGGAAAACAACUUGUAGUGUGGUUUCUACUUUAAAUAUGAGCCUAGCUAAUAAAAGGUUCAAUGUAUGAAAA